CCCCACGAUCGUCGGGCUGGAAGAGGGAAAAGAAUGGAUGCAAGUGAGCCCCAAUGCCGCUAGCUAUUUAAAGUUAAACUGUGGCUGAAGUAAGUCCGGUACAUGGCAAAAAUUUCCUUGUCAGCAGCAGUCAUGACUCGCUUGUAUUUUUAUUUUUUCGUCUUUAACCUCGACCCUUUCUUUCUUCUCCAGCCCACUCAAGCUCCGUUCCGUCACGGUCACGUCCACCCACUGCCUCUCGUCAAUUUCCUGCCUCUGGGUGACCUGUCAAGUUCCCUUCAAUUCUUCUUGCCGUUUUUAUUACUUAUUCGCCCCCGCGUGCCUAUCCGAGACGUCAAAUCUGGUUCUCCGACAAGUUAAACUGCAUCAAUCGAAGAUCAUAAGCUUUAUCGCGGCACAGCAACAUCGUUCUCUGUCGGCUCAUUACGACUUUCUUGCAGGCCUCCGUCUUACCCACCAGACAAAUUAUCUACUUGAUACGAGCCUACCAAGAUAUUAACCUGUUUAAUAUCUUUAACUGGUAUUAGGGUAGCCGUCACCUUCGAGCCUACUAUUAGGUCAACUGAGAAAAGCUUUUUGAUAAAUCUACUCAGUUCCCUUCCACGCACGCCCGUUAUUUCAAACUUUGGGCAAAAGAAUCUCCAUACAAACGACAAGAACAACACUUGACCAACCCUGCAAUUCUCUUUUUUCUGUGGCUUUCACUAGUCAUGGCGAAUCCAUUGCAGUUUGUUUACCGAACCCAAAAGGCUAUCGGCGUUACCGACGCUGCGCCUGUCUACGAGCCUCUCCCUGGAUUCGUUAAACCUGAAGGGAACUUGCGGUGCUCUGUCUAUUCACCCUGUGGCCGAUAUCUAGCCUGGGUAUCCAGCGAACGUGUCUGCAUUGUCGACGCAUCUGUUGGCCAUGUUUUAACUAGCAUAGAUAUUCUCAACGUUUUCGAUGUUGCCUUUUCUCCCCGCGGUUCUUUCCUUAGCACUUGGGAACG